AUGGUGGUGACCAAGGACGAGUACGAAAAAUGCCAUUCUGCUCAUCCCAUCUUCUUCUCCAACAAUGGUGUGACCGUGUUCACAUUGGACCGGCCUGGUUUGUUCUAUUUCAUUAGUGGGGUUUCUGUGCACUGCGAGAGAGGCCAGAAGAUUAUCAUCAAGGUCUUGGAACCAGCAAGCUAA